AGAAACCAAAUCUUCCUCUUUCUAGUUCUGAGCUCUGAAUUCUCAUGAAGGAAAUGACCAAAAGGCCUGGAUGACUGGAAAGGCAGCUCAGCCUAGGUCCUGUGGCCUGUGCUCAAGAGUGGAAACCAAGUCACUGACCCACUUCCCCAGAUAGGGAGGAGGUGAGGAUCUCAGGGAAUGGGGGUGCAGCUACACCCCCACCUGGGGGUGGGGUCUGGGGAGACAGAAGUGGUGCCAGCCUCAACAGGAUGGGCUCUCGCUGCCCAGUGGGCACCUGGGUAAUAAUGGAGGAAGUGUCACUCAUCAAGGCUGGGUGGUAAGGAGAGGCAGGGAUCAGACUCACUGAGCCCAGUGGCCACAGCCCGUCCCCUCAGCACACAGCCAGCCUUGAGCUCUGCUGGCCAGGGGCACUGCCAGGGAGCCUACCUCCAGGGGACUGGCUUGCCCUCCCCCUCCCAUCUUGGUCUCACCAACACCCCUGCCAUAGGCACAGCUUGUCCCCAGUCCCCAAGCAACUAGAGGCCCUCUGCAGGGCAGUGUCAAGACAAAGCAACAAAUGUCAUUUUUAGGACUGAUGAAUGAAAACAAGUGUCUAUGGACUUGUAAUCUUCACUUGAAAUAAAAGUUAUGACAACAGAUACAAAAAUACAUAGAAGCUACCCCUUGCUACAGAAGAUCUUCAGUUCUUCAGCAUUUUAAUAAGCUUGGACACACAACACAGCCAAUGACCCUCUGCUGGGCCCGGUCUGUUGUGACUACCCCAAACCAGGGGCCGGGCCACUCCACGCGUGUGAACACCCAGGAGAAUUCUAAACAGAUGCUGCUCCAUGUGACGCCCUCUGGAGUACCAGGCUACCCAGCUGGCAGGCACUGGCCCUUCCUCCUGCUCCACUUCCAGUCAUAGGGCAUUAGCAGGUCAAGAGAACUUGUAACAACAUCUCAGCUCCAGAGCCGCAGGACACUUGCGGUCGGGAUGUGUGGGGCGCCACAGCAGACCUGAGCCCGGGCCCCUGGAGAUAUGAACGACUUGAUCUGGAGCCGACUGUCCAAGUCCAGCCUCUCAUUCUCGAAACCGGCAGUAAACAGAGAUAGGGAGGGGCCACGGCGCCUGCCAAGGGAGGCAGAAACUUGAGGCGCCAUGUGGAGCUGUGGCCUGCUCAAUGACACGGGACGCGGUGAAGAACAGCUAUGCCAGGACCUGCGCCUAGGGCUCUGGGUCCUCUCCCUGCUCUACCUGGUGGCAGGCGUCCCCGUGGGCCUGGGCUACAAUGCGCUGUUGGUGUUGGCCAAUGUGAACAGCAAGAGCAGCAUGACCAUGCCAGAUGUCUACUUUGUGAACAUGGCCGUGGCUGGCCUCCUGCUGGCCGCGCUGGCCCCCUUCCACCUCUUGGGGCCCCCCCACUCCCGGUGGGCACUGUGGAGCCUCAGCAGCGAGGCCCACGUGACGCUGCUGAUCCUGUUCAACGUGGCCGCCCUGGUGACCAUGUACUCCACUGCCCUGCUCAGCCUCGACUACUACAUCGAGCGGGCUCUGCCACGCACCUACAUGGCCAGCGUGUAUAACACGCGGCAUGUGUGUGGCUUUGUGUGGGGUGGGGCACUGCUCACUAGCUUCUCCUCCCUGCUCUUCUACAUCUGCAGCUACGUGUCCUCCCGGAUUGCGGAGUGCGCCAAGAUGCAGAACACAGAGGCUGCUGAUGCCAUCCUGGUGCUCAUUGGGUACGUGGUGCCGGGCCUGGCGGUGCUGUACGCACUGGUGCUCAUCUCGCGUGUCCGGAAGGAGGCCACACCCCUUGACCAGGACACAGGCAGGCUGGACCCCUCAGUGCACAGGCUUCUGGUAGCCACAGUGUGCACACAGUUUGGGCUCUGGACACCUUACUACUUGAGCCUCCUAGGGCACACAGUGCUGGCCGCACGAGGGAGGCCUGUGGAUGGGCACUACUUGGGGAUCUUGCAUUUGGCCAAGGAUUUGUCCAAGUUCUUAGCCUUCCUGAGCAGCUCCAUAACGCCCCUUCUCUACCGCUACAUCAACAAGACCUUUCCCAGCAAACUGCGGCGGCUGAUCAAGCGAAUGGACUGUGGGCACCGGCACUGCUCCCCAGGCCCUGUGGGCAUACAGCAGGUGAUGGCGCAGGCCUAGGGGAGGCUGUGGCCCAGGCCUGGAGACAGAGCCUGCGAGAUGCAGAGCACAGUGCCGCUCAGUGCUGUGACACCAGCCUCCCCAGGAGGUGUGCUAGAGGGACAACAGCACAUGAGUGUUUUCUUUCAAGUUUUCUGUGCUGUCCCCUAAAGGCCGAUCUUGGGUCAAGGUCCCAUGGAAGGCAGCAGGUGCCUCUCCCUGACCCUCCUGCCUGCUCUGGAGCUGUGAGCUUCUCUCCUAACGACGUCUUCCCCAACGCGCUGACCUCCGCCCCUGCGGCAUCAAAUGAAGAGAUGAAAACCCAAAGCCAGUAUUGGUCCUCUAUACCCCAGGGCAGAUUCCCUUCUCCUUGUUUUAUAAAAGGACAUGUCUGAUGGACAGUGGCGAGUGUUACGAUAAGGGGAACAGAACCAAUGGGUGUAGAUGUCUGUCAUGCAGUGUCGUGGUAUAGGGCAGGCACUGUACGUCUGCUAGGCAUGCUGCAGCCACAGAGCCAGGCUCUAAGUGAGGUCACUGGGCACUGUCCCCCAUGUACCUGCUUCCCUCCCUCAUGGAGGACAGCAACCUGCUUAUUUCAGCACACGCCUGUCUUUCUACAUCAGAUGCUCUUAAGUGUGCACACAACUAUAAAAAAAAAUAAAUACAAGGAAGAGGAAAACACUGUCAGAUUUCUGACACAGCACUGAAGCUAAAGGGUCUCCCCAGGGCAGAGGUCUUGCUUGUGAGGCCUGGUGGGGCAUGAAGGGCAAGACUGCAUUCUGCUGGGAGAUAGCUAGGGACUAGCACCCAUGGCAAGGGGAUCCUGUGGCCCAUUUCAUGUGGCACUGCAUGUGAACAUCAGUUCUGGUGCAGCUCAGACUAGAACCCUCAGGCCAAUGAUGCCUUAGUGAGACUCUCUUCUGGACUUCUGUCCACACAUUUGGUAAACAUUAAAGGGGAAAGUGGGAAGACCCCAGCUCUACAGGAUUAAGUUACAGCCCAUAGUCCCCAGCCUUCAGUUCUGAUGGUCUGUCUCCCUGCAUGAUCCUUGGAGUAAUGUGAAGUGCUUCAAGCUGGCCUGUGCCACUGCCCCUCUGUCUCUGCAGAUGGCUGGGGUGAUGGCAGGGAUGCUGCCCCAGCCCUGCGCUGCAACACGCAUGGUCUACAAUGCAUUUCCUUCUGACUGUAUGAUACAGGCUGCCUCUGAGCACACCCAUCCAAGGACCAUGGCCCUGAAUGCUGUGGCCUUCUUAUACAACGGCCUCAGGUUCUGCUCUUCAUGUCUUGGGAAAUUCAACUGCUUUCAUUUUAUUUAUUGUAUGCAAACUACAUCUCCUCAGAUCAGGCCUGAGGAAGUUUGCCUUGUGAAGAAUUAGGAAGUACACUGGACGCUCUGGCCUCAGGGCCACAUGAGACAAGUUCUGUAAGCAGACAACAGUUUUCUCAGUUGGUCCUGACUCUAAGUUUUUAAAGGCAUGCCAGGAUCUUAAAGCAGCCUACCUGGCUCACCCUCUAAUCAAGUGCAGAGCUGGGAGAGGCUGUGGCUCACACACUGGCUUCCCAUCCCAACUGUGGCCUAUAAAAUCUCCAUGUUUGCUGAGGAAAUAGAUAGCUCUGCAGAGGGCUGUGAAGCCCGGUGAGCAGGCCCAGGGGCCAGGGGCAGCUAAGCUUCUUGGGAUCCACAUGGAGAAGGCUGUUUGUGUAGUGAUGUCCUGGUUUGAGGUAAAGGACCUUUUUCCUUGCUCAUUCUGACUUUUCCUGUGCUUUAGGCAGAGCUCUUAGGUAGGGCACGCUCCUACCACGUCAGGAGAGGCACCUCCUCUGCCUCCCAAAGCAAGGAGGAGCCCGAGUCACAUUUUUGUUCCUUGCAAUUUUGUUCCUUGUAAUUCCUCAGUGACUAGAUACAAACUGGGGGACUGGACUCCCAUGACCUUACCACUAUCUGUCUAGUCACAUCUUUCUAGUGGAGACACACAUACAUAGCAGGCAGCCACCUGUAGCAAACAAGGAAGACUCCUGACAUGGUGCAUCCUCAUCUGGUCACCUCCAGGCCAGAGACCCUCCUUUUGCCUGCCUCCUAAUGGCUCCAGCCUCCUGCCUACCCCAGUGGCUAUUCCAACAUGCCACAUGGCCCACAGGUCCUUUGGCUCUUGCUUCUACCUUCCUGGGCUAAAUUUGCCCUAGUACCCAGCAUGCCUUGGAUGUCUCUUGCCCUGCUCAUGUCAGAUCCCCAAUUCACACACACACACACACACAGACACACACAACCUGGGAUUCUCAGAAGAGAGCCAAGGGUUCAGGGAAGAGCUGAUGUCACAUGCUGGGUUCUCACUUCUUCCCAGGAGUUGAAAGAUGUUGGGGGAGCCAUUCAUUCUGCUAUUAGCACUGCCUGGCUAUUGGAAGUCAAAAUGAAUGAUCUUAUUUUCAUUAA